AGUAGACGAACGGAUGUUCAUUCGGAUUUUUAACUUCGAGUGGUUAACUUGUGCUUUUGCGCUUACGUAAUUAAAGGGAUAAUUGUUAAAAUUUUGAAAUAAAUUUAUAUAUAUAAAUGGUUAAAAUGCCUAAUCAAAAAGACAACUCCAACCACAAUGGAAAUUAUAAUGACGAGGAUAUCAAUGAGCCCGAAUGCUUGCGAAAAUUGUUUAUUGGUGGAUUAGAUUACCGUACCACUGAUGAUGGUCUUAAAUCGCAUUUUGAAAAAUGGGGUAAGAUAGUUGAUGUGGUGGUUAUGAAGGAUCCUAGGACCAAGCGAUCACGUGGGUUUGGAUUCAUCACCUAUUCGAGGUCAACCAUGGUUGAUGAUGCCCAAAAUGCUCGUCCACAUAAGAUUGAUGGCCGCGUUGUGGAACCGAAACGUGCAGUGCCACGUCAAGAUAUUGAUAACCCGCAUGCCGGUGCUACGGUUAAGAAACUAUUUGUGGGUGGACUUAAAGACGACCACGAUGAACAAUGUCUACGCGAUCAUUUCGGACAAUAUGGCCAAAUAACAGAUGUGAACAUUGUAAUUGAUAAAGAGACUGGCAAAAAGCGUGGCUUUGCUUUUAUUGAGUACGAUGACUACGACCCAGUUGAUAAAAUUGUUUUGCAAAAAACUCAUACUAUUAAAGGAAAAGCACUUGACGUAAAGAAGGCCUUGCCUAAACAGGACAUGAACCGUCAACAAGGUGGUGGCGGCGGCGGCGGUGGUGGUCGUGGAGGCAACAUGGGUCGCGGGGGUAAUAUGGGUGGUGGAAUGAUGGGAAAUCAAAACAACUGGGGUGGCAACAACAGGGGCAAUGAUAACUGGGGUGGAAACAAUGGUUUUGGCGGAGGAUUUAAUAACGGUGGUGGUGGUGGAGGUGGUUGGAACGGCAACAAUAAUGUAGGUCCAUGGGAUAACGGCAACAACGGAGAUAACUGGAAUAGUGGUCCUGGAAAUUUCGGCGGCCCUGGUAAUAAUGGACCGGCUAACAGUGGCAACUGGGGAAAUGAUUUCGGAGGUGGCUAUCAGCAAAGCUACGGUGGUGGUCCCCAACGCGGCAAUUUUGGCGGCAAUAAUCGCAUGCAACCCUACAAUCAAGGAGGAAACUUCGGUAACAAAAUGGGUAAUCAAGGUAACUUUGGUAAUCAGGGUAACUUUGGUGGCCCAAAUGCCGUUGGUGGUGGUGGCGGCAACAGGAGAUAUUGAGGUCGUAAAAUUGAGCCAGGUCACAUUCGUACUCAGAUUCAAGCAAGCAAUCCAAAAGUUACAGAUAUAAAACUUAAUCAGCCACGAAAGCAGCAGAAUUAACAGUUUCAGUUCAAAAAAGUAAAAGUCAGAAAAUUUAAAGCAGAAAGUGAAGAGAUACCCAGGAACUAUUUGAAGCGCAGGUGGUCAAGAGGAAGAGAGGGACGUGACGAUGAUGAUAAUAUAAGCAGCAGUUACAAUAUAAAUACUUAUCCACAGAUACUAAGAAGUUUAAUCAUGUGUAGGCAUUUUACCACGUCAGAAAAUCAGUACCUAUCGUACAUAGUUUUAAAGGUGAACAUUUUAAAAGAGGACUGCAAGAAAGACGAGUAUUAAAUAUGUAUAAAAAAAAAGAUAAAAACAACCUUCACACAAAUUUGAUAAAAACAUAAUUCGAAUCAGUAUGAAUAUAUCGUAGAAAGUUAAAACCUCGUAAGAGGAAUAAUGCAACUCUAAAAUCAAAUAUCACUUUCCUGGAUAAAUCUAGCAAGGAGUAUUUUGAAAAACAAAAGCAGCUUGAGCAUACAUAAUUUCUAAAAUGUAUCGCUCUAACGCCGCAAUGAUUUUGAGAAGAUUUAUUUAUUGAACUAAAUCCUUGGGAACAAGCACAUAUUGAGCAGCCAGAUUUUUCCACAUUUCACAUUAUAGCAAGUGGUAUAUUGUUCUAGAUUUUUUUAAAUAAUAAUUCAGAUAAGUUCUUAGACUAAGUUUUAGUUGUAUUGUAUUUAUUGUCAAACAUUUGUCAAUGCUGUAAGGUUUGACGUCAGAAUGUGGAAGGAAUAUUGACUUUCGGAUGAACCAGUUAAAAAAAUAGAUUAUGUGAAGAAUAGCGAUCAAAAAAUAUCAAUGAUUGGUAGGAUGUUGGAAUUUGGUUUCUGAAUAUUAAAUUAGUUAAUUUUAUCCAUUAAAAAAUUACCUGAUACUUGAUAAUCUAUGUCUAAAAACUUCGAUUAAGUUCUCACUGAAAUAAUUUUUUUACUAAAGAAUACAAUCUUAUAAUUGUAAACUUACCAUAUACUUAAAAAUACACAUAUACAUACUUUACACCAUGACUAAAUAAUACACCUUUAAAGUAGAUGUGAGAUGCAGAUGAGUAAACCGAAUAAAUUGGUUUAGGAAACAUUGUGGCAGUUA